AUGACUUUCCUAGCAGACGGCAAAGAAUGUUGGGAUGAACGAAGCGCAUGCAAUGGGACAUCCUCGUGCUGGAACAAAGGAUCCUCCAUGGCGGCUUGUCUCGAGCUAGCCUCGACAGACAUGAUCCAGGAAGCAUCUGGACACCCCAAAACUCAUAGGGAAAGAAUUGAACAGGCCGGCACCAUGUACCAUAGCGGAGGUCAGCCCAAGCUCGCGAUAGGCAACAGUUAA